UGUAAACCGGGAUAUCUCUGAGGAUGGACGUUUUCCGCUAAUGACGUAGUCAACAUCCUGUGUAGUUUGGAAAAAGGGAAGUUUUUUUGCUAGCAAUAUCUCUGGUUAUAGUUAAUACCACACUCGCUUAACUAAACAAGCUAGUGAAACUAUAUUCAAAAUAAAUGUGUAUUUAUUUUAAACUUGUUAAAAUUGUACUGAAAGCUAACGUUAAUUAGUUAACGUUAAGCUAGCCUACUCAUACUAUAGCCGGUAAUUUCUGGUGGAUCAAGUUUGUGUCGAGGAGAGAACAAGGCUGCCUGCGUUAGAAGACAGAGGUUAUUCACACCACCACCAUGAAGCUUUUCAGUCUGAGUGUGCUGUAUAAAGGGACCACCAAGUCUAACCUACUGAAAGCUGCCUUCGACCUGUCAUCCUUCAGCUUCUUCCAGAAGUCCAGUGUUCAGGAGUUCAUGACAUUCACCAGUGAUCUCAUAGUUCAACGCUCGUCUAUAGGGAGCCGAGCCUCUGUCAAAGAACAAGAGUACCUGUGUCACGUGUAUGUAAGGAACGACUCCCUGGGUGCGGUGGUGAUUGCUGACGGAGAGUAUCCCUCUAGAGUGUGCUUCACCCUACUGGAUAAGGUGCUGGAGGAAUUUUCCAGACAGGUGAGCAGUAUAGACUGGCCCUCUGGUUCUCCUGACACUGUCCACUAUACUGCCCUGGACAGCUACCUCGCCAAGUACCAGAAUCCUCGGGAGGCGGACGCAAUGAGUAAAGUACAAGCUGAGCUGGACGAAACCAAAAUAAUUCUGGUAGUAUCCAAAGAGAUAUCCAAAAGGACUUUGAUGUAAGAGAACUCCACACACAGCACUUGCAAAUAAAUAUCUGAUUUAAUCUGCCAAUGUUUCAGUCUUCGUCAAAGCAACUCUUUGCCAACAGCAAUACUCUUCAAUGUUUACCAAAUGCAUUGAUUCAUUCAUUAUAUCUUAUUUGAACAAGAUAGGUCACAUGAGGUCUAUGUCAUCCUACCUGACCCAGUAACUGGGAUAAAGGUUAUGACGCAUCCGGAUAGAAAUAUAUUGAAUAGAACAGACAUGCUAAUCUAUUAUCUAGAGUAAGAAAUCCUGUCUGCUCUAAAUAUGACAUUUCUGUUUGCACUGUUGUUGGUGCACAUAGAAUUGUGUUGCACCCUUCUAAAUGUGACUCAGAUGUUAGUUGGAAUCUACUGGUUGGAACAUAUUUUACUCCAAGGGAACUGUCGAGUACUUCUCUCUUAUGAAGAGUACUUUUGUGAUUUUUAAGUAAAUCAUACUCGAGCAUCUGCUACAGGUGUUGGACCCUUAAGGUUUCUCUGCUGGUGCUGUUUUAAGUUUGCUGCGGUGCUACUACAUUUUCCAGACGUUUCUCCCCUGUGUGAGAAAUAUGCCUUCUCAGUUGCCUUUUCAGAUUUGACUCCUGGUUGAAACAUUUCCCACACUCAUUGCAUGUUUGUUGUUUCUCAUUUCUCUCAUGUGUGAAUCCUCAUAUGUCUGUUCAGCUGUGUCUUAGAGAUGAAGCAUUUGACAUAUUUUUUACGUUGAUAUGAUUUCUUCCGAGUGUGAGUAAUCAUAUGAGCUUUCAGGUGAUCCUCCCGGUAGAAGCAUUUCCCACAUUCUUAACAUGUUUAUGAAUCAAAUGAAAUGUUAUUUGUCACGUGCGCCGAAUACAACAGGUGUAGACCUUACAGUGAAAUGCU